CAAGCAUGCUGUCACAUUGAGUUCACACGCAACGCGGUUGCUGUUUGUUUACAAUUUGUUAAUUGCAUUUAGAAUUAUUCUUAUUAGAGUACGUGCUAUGAGCGAAACGAGUCAGCCUGUAGAGCAUGCUGGCGACAAUGAGAAGCGCCCUCAGUUCGGCACACGUUUGCUUACGGAUGAUGCCGACGUGUUCAAACAUAACGCUUGGUAAAUAUCUCGAACGAAGAUUUGCCAGCAAAACUUGGGAACACACUCGUCUGCGCAAGAAACCAAGCGGCGCUGGUGAUCGGAUACUUACUGAUGCGAGCGAGGUGUUUCAGUUUAAUGCAUGGGACCACGUGCAAUGGGACACGGAGCAGGAGGAGGCCGCUCAAGCGGCUGUUGAGAAGAACUCGACGGUGAAGAUGAGUGACGAUCAGCGGGAACGCUUUCAAUCGGAUGCACCCAAGUUUUGGAAUUCAUUUUAUGGCAUACACGACAAUGGCUUCUUCAAAGAUCGCCACUGGCUCUUGACAGAAUUUCCGGAGCUGGCGCCAAAUGAGGCUAACGACAAAACACAACCGAGAAGCAUAUUUGAAUUGGGCUGUGGCGUCGGAAAUACUAUUUUUCCCAUACUAGAGCUCAGCUCCGAAACGCAGCUGCGGGUAUAUGGAUGUGAUUUCUCAGAGAGAGCUAUCGAAAUCUUGCGCAGUCAGCGACAGUUUGAUGCCAAGCGCUGUGAAGUCUUUGUUAUGGAUGCGACAGAGGAUCAGUGGCAGGUUCCCUUUGAGGAGAACUCACAGGACAUCAUUGUGAUGAUAUUUGUUUUGUCCGCCAUCGAGCCAUCUAAAAUGCAGCGGGUGCUGGAGAAUUGUUAUCGCUAUCUUAAGCCAGGUGGGCUUUUGCUGUUUCGAGACUAUGGACGUUACGACCUGGCGCAGUUGCGAUUCAAGAGUGGCAAGUGCCUGGAGGACAAUUUCUAUGUACGUGGCGAUGGCACCAUGGUAUACUUCUUCACAGAUCAGGAAAUUCGUGACAUGUUCAGCAAGACUGGACUAAAGGAGGAGCAGCUUAUAGUGGACAGACGGUUGCAGGUCAAUCGUGGACGUGGUCUUAAAAUGUAUCGAGUGUGGAUACAGACAAAAUUUCGAAAACCACUGUAAAAUUAUCUUUUUAACAUAAAUAUACAAAAAGAAAAAAUCAUUAAGCUUUUUUUUGUACUCAAACU